AUGGAAGAUGGGCCGUGGACUAUCAGGAAUGUUCCUGUCAUUCUAAAUGAGUGGUCUCCUAAUGUGACGAUGGAGAAACAGGAUAUUAAAACGGUACCGGUUUGGAUAAAAAUGCAUGACAUACCAUUGACUGCCUUCACAGAGGAUGGAUUGAGCUUGUUGGCAUCGAAGAUAGGUAACCCGAAGAUGCUGGAUUCAUACACAGCGACUAUGUGUGCUGAAUCUUGGGGUAGGAGCAGCUUUGCAAGGGCUCUGGUAGAAAUCCAUGCGGAUAAAGAAUUGAAGAAAAGUAUUACUGUUGCCAUACCAUCCUUGGAUGGGAAUAGCCAUGCAAAAGUUGAGGUAAAAAUUGAUUAUGACUGGGAACCGAUGAGAUGCUCUUCGUGCUGUGUGUUUGGCCAUAAUGAUAAUUCAUGUGCGAAGAAUGCUAUUCAAACUAAGAAUGAUGUUACCAGUAAACACAAUGAUGACUUUCAGGAACCGGCUUUGAAAACUAAAAGAAUUAAUAAUCAGGGUGUGAAUGUGAAGAACCAGAAGCCCAAAUUUACUAACCGUCCGGUGGUAAAGGCCAAGUCCAAAUCGGGGAGUACGGAUUCAAACCAGAAUCGAGUUCAAACAUCAAAUUCCUUUGACAUUUUAAAUAAUGAUGGUGGUCUUGCGGAUGAGGAAACUAGUGGGAGAGCCGAUUCAGGAGGUAUGUUGAAAUCCAAAGGAAAGAGCCAUAAGACGGAUGAAGUGGUAUCCGAUGAUACUGAUGUUGACAAUUUAUUAGCUGAUAUUCCGAAGUAUAUAGACAACAAGGUUGAUAACAAUUCUGAGGGUGCAAGCACACCUGGUUCAACGGGUGCCCAUGGGUAG